AUGACUAGAAAUCCAUUUAUGGUAGAAUCAUCUAAUGGAUCGCCAACUAAGUCCCCACAAAGACCCGGUCUAACAAGAUUCACUACAAAUAACAGUAGUUCAUAUGAUGGAAGUAUGGCUAGUCCGAAUAGAAAUACUUAUAACAAUAUGUAUGAUGAAUACGAUGACGAUGAUGAUUAUUCUCAAUCAAAACAGUUCCAAGGUUUACCACCAGCCAUACCCCAAUCACCCUCAAGAGCUGCAAUGAGAUACUCUCCAGACCGUCGCCAUAGAUCUCAAUUUUAUCGUGACAGUAACCAUGGUACACCAGUUAGUAAUAGCAGAUAUGCAACCAACUUAAAUGAAUCUCCUAGAAGAGGUAAUGAUGUAGUAUUACAGUUUAGUGAAAGUCCUAUUAAACAAUCCCCACUACCUGAACGCUAUACAGAUAACUUACAAAAAUUACCCAGAAAGAAUGAGGGACAGUUACCAAAUAUUAACCAUUCAUACCCUGAUGAUGAAGAUGAUUUAUCGAUCAAUAAUAUGGCCCGUAGCUAUAAUGUAGACAUGGGUAACGACUACCAUUCUUCGACGAAUUCAUUGAAUUAUCAGAAUCAAACUAACAGAAAUUAUUCUAGAUCUUCCAAAAAAACAGUCUCAACUUCAAGUACAGAAGUAAGAUCAUCAUUCGAUUCAGAAGAAAAAUUCCGUAAAUCCUUCGAUGAUAACUCUACUGUUUUCUCCAGUGACACAUUUACAGAGACUAAAUUCGAACUAAAUCACCCAGUUCGUCGUGAUUAUGUUAGACGUGCUAAUUCAGAGAGUAAAAGAAGACCUGCUACUAAUGAGGUUUUAAAGAAAGCAAUCUUAAAAUUGGAUAAUCCAAUACCUCGAGGGUUAUUGAACACGCUACCAAGAAGAGAUAAAUUAGAGUUUACUGAAAUGAGAUAUACUGCAUGUACAGUAGAUCCUGAUGAAUUUCAAAAUGAAGGUUACUCCUUGAGGUUUGCAGAGAUGAACCGUGAAUGUCAAAUUGUUGUUUGUGUCACAAUGUACAACGAAGACAAAUAUGCUUUGGCAAGAACAUUACAUUCGAUAAUGAAGAAUGUAACACAUUUGUGUCUCCGUAAGAGAUCCCAGGUGUGGGGUCCUGACGGUUGGAAAAAAGUUUCAGUUAUCUUAAUUAGUGAUGGUAGAAGUAAAGUCAAUCAAGGGGCUUUGGACUAUUUGGCUGCUCUUGGUGUAUACCAAGAAGAUAUGGCCAAAGCAUCUGUCAAUGGUGACCAGGUGAAAGCCCAUAUUUUUGAACUUACCACUCAAAUUUCAAUUAACGCUGACUUAGAUUAUGUUUCCAAAGAUAUUGUUCCUGUUCAAUUAGUAUUUUGUUUAAAAGAAGAAAACAAGAAAAAGAUUAAUUCCCACCGUUGGUUACUAAAUGCUUUCUGUCCCGUAUUACAGCCAACAGUUGUAACUCUAGUGGAUGUUGGUACUCAACUUAACCAUACUGCAGUUUAUCAUUUAUGGAAAGCAUUUGACAAUGACUCAAAUGUUGCAGGUGCCGCUGGUCAAAUUAAAACCAUUAAAGGUAAAUACGGUCUAAAAUUAUUUAAUCCUCUGGUUGCAUCCCAGAAUUUUGAAUAUAAAAUAUCAAAUAUUUUAGAUAAGCCUUUAGAAAGUUUGUUUGGUUAUAUUUCAGUCUUGCCAGGUGCUUUAUCAGCAUAUAGAUAUAGAGCUCUUCAAAAUCAUGCUGAUGGUACUGGUCCACUACACUCUUAUUUCUUAGGGGAAACUCAAGAAGGUAGAGAUCAUGACGUGUUUACUGCUAAUAUGUAUCUUGCUGAAGAUAGAAUUCUAUGUUGGGAAUUAGUGGCUAAACGAGACGCAAAAUGGGUAUUAAAGUAUGUCAAAGAAGCUACUGGUGCCACUGAUGUUCCUGAAGAUAUCCCUGAAUUCAUUUCACAAAGAAGACGUUGGUUGAAUGGUGCUAUGUUUGCUGCUUUGUACGCACAGCUACAUUUCUUCCAAAUUUGGAAGACGAAACAUUCUAUUACAAGGCUAUUCUUUUUACAAAUUGAAUUUGCGUAUCAACUUAUUCAAAUGUUAUUUUCCUGGUUCUCAAUUGCAAAUUUCGUACUGACUUUCUAUUAUCUAGCUGGUUCCCUUAACGAAGUAGUAAAGCAUGGUGAGGCACUAUUCAUAUUCUUAAAAUAUUUGAUAUUCUGUGAUUUAGCAUGUUUGUUUAUUAUCUCUAUGGGUAAUAGACCUCAGGGUGGUAAACAUCUAUAUAUUACAUCCAUGGUUAUUUUGACUAUAUGUGCAUUAUAUUCUUUAAUAUGUGGUUUUACAUUUGCUAUUAGGUCAUUGGUCUUAAAGGAGGAAUCUCACUCGGCAUUUGUUAAUAUUGUUGUCUCUAUGCUAUCUACAUAUGGUUGCUACAUCUUUUCUUCCUUCAUGUACUUAGAUCCAUGGCACAUAUUUACAUCUUCACUUCAAUAUUUUAUUACACUACCAGCCUUCACAUGUACUCUACAAAUUUAUGCUUUUUGUAAUACUCAUGAUGUCUCUUGGGGUACAAAAGGUUCUACCGGAGGUUCUAAGCAAUUAUCCAAGGCGAUUGUCUUACAAGGUCCAGAUGGCAAGCAGAUUGUGGAGACUGACUGGCCACAAGAGGUUGAUAAAAAAUAUUUGGAAAUUAAAAGUCGUUUAAAGGAGCCAGAGGUCGAAAUUGUUAUGGUUGAUGAAGGAGAAAAACGUAACGAUUAUUACAGAGAUAUCAGAACUAGAAUUGUUAUGUUCUGGAUGCUAUCCAACUUAAUUUUGAUUAUGUCUAUAAUUGAGAUCUUCGAUCCACAAGAGACCAAUAAUGGGUACUUGAUCUUCAUUUUAUGGUCUGUUGCAGCACUCUCCAUCUUUAGAGUAGUUGGUUCAAUGGGUUUCUUAUUCAUGAAAUACCUCCGUAUGAUUGUUAGUUAUACACACAAAUCUGAAGAAACGGGAUCUUGGGGUAUUCAAAACUUGAACCCAUUCCAUAAAGACAAAUAA